AUGUCCGCCGAGUUCUCAUCUUCCAAUCCUUUCAGAAGAAAAGGACCCUUCGCAUCUUCGACUACAUCAUCCUCCUCAAUACCUGCUGUCAAUCAUUUCACGCAAUUGGAUCCAUCUGCGAAUCCGAUUCCCGAAUAUUCAUAUCCAAAACGACAAGAUGUGGCAAAGAAAACACCUAAAAGAGUUCGGGUCCAGUCUCCACCACCCCCAUCUCCUUCGAUCCCCGACUCUACAUCUACUAUAGGGGACGAUUCGGUACCUUUCGAAAACCCACUACAAAUAUCUCAGGAGGACGAGCAGGACCCUUUUGAAACUACCACAUCUGAUGUUUCAGAGGAUGAGGAAGAGAAUCCAACCUCGAAGACUCGCAUCCUGAAUCCCUUUUCAAAGACAUUGGAGACGUUGGAGAAUUCAGGUCGAGAUGCAUCAAGCGCAGCACCUGCAAAACUCACAAAUCCCGGAAGAGCUUCUAUGGAUGUGGAUGCAUUCAAAAGGCUAUUGAUGACCGGAAAUGCGGGGUUGGGAUCUUCUACCCCGCUGCAACCCCCUCCUGUUCAUGCAUUACGCGACGAGGGAAGUAGUAGUACAGAAACAUCUUCUCUAUCACGGCAAUCGAUAUUCGAACCAAUACAAGAUCCGCAUCCAGAAUCACCAAGAUCAUCACACGAAAUAUCAGAGCCGGAUGAAGUACGAAGGGCAGUGUCUGACUCUUCAUCAUUACAUGUGAAGAAGAGACCACCUCCACCGAGUUCGAGGCAUCAUGGUAAAUUGAUUAGGAUGGAAUUGAAGGAUGAGACUACAGCCGUUUCUCCCUUAUCUCCACCACAGUCAAUGUCUGCAACCCCUCAAUACUUUCCUGUUAUGACUUCAACGCCGAAUCGCUCCUUGACAGAUCUCAACAAACCCUUACCUCCAGCUCCACCUCGUGAAAGCGGUGAAUCCGAACGAGAAUCUCCAUUUGAUAGAGAGUCUGCGGGAAAAGCACCAGAACCACCAUCCCCGUCUUCAUCAUUAAGAAGAAAGGCAGCUCCUCCACCACCUGUUACCCGAAGACACAGCCAGCUCCUUAGCGACUCAAAACUGAGUCGAAGUAGUUCCGCAAGACUCUCACCAAGAUUGGAAGAAGACAAUACAUCGGUAUACUCAAUCGAAUCUGGACGCCCUCGAUCUAACAGUGGGAAAGCUCCACCCCCACCUCCCACACGAAAACAUGGUAUGUCUCGAUCCCAAUCGCAGCACGCACCUUCCUCGCCAUCUGCGACGUCCUUACCUGUACCGCCACCAACACGAGGCUCCUCAAAACACGGUAGAGCACCAUCUGUACACAGCAUUGAUGCUCCAAGUCCUCAUAUGUCCAAACGCACCUCUUUACAAGGACCGCCACCACCACCACGUCCUCGUCAAGCACGGAACAGUCUUGAUGUAUCUCAAAUCACACCUUCCUCUUCAACUCGUGUCAGUGGCGAAUAUCGGCGAAGUUCUAAUGCUUCCUCCAUGUCACAAACUUCACGAUACGAAGAAAAUAAUACCGACAACUCUACUAGUGGUCAUACCAACAUCUUGGCAGACCUCAGUGCAUUACAACAAGAGAUCGAUGCGUUAAGGAAUCAGUCACAACAACGGCAGCGAAGUGUCACUUGA